ACUUUGUGAAAGCUGCAAUUAACAGUUAUCUUUUUUUCGCACUUUUCGUAGAAAGCGAGCAUUUUGUAAAUCGUUUAUGUUCUCUUGUGCUUGUACUUGCUGUAAAAUUUACAAAAUGGAUCGCUACAAUCGCGCCUGGAGAGAUCCCGGUUCUCCCCUGACGCCAUUGACGCCCCUUAGCACCCAGGCAUUCACCUUUGAAACCACCGAGGACAGCGUCACGCCCACCGGGCCUCGUGGCACUAAGAGCUGCACUAGAACCGGACUUUUUGGUAUCCCAAAAGCCAAUCAUCAUCUCCAGGUGCCAGGAUGUCGACCAGCCACGUCCGCAAGAAGCUUAACAGGAAGUCGCCGUCAGCCGACGCGUUUUUCGCAAGCAUUUAUGCGCACGCGAUCCGUGUUCUCGCCCUCAAGUCAGAGCACCCUCAUGGAAGGCAGCUCGCUGCCUCGGGAAAAGUCCAUUCCGGUUGACCCAAAAUCACGGACAAUGCAGGAGAGCCGGGUGAAGCCACAUAUCCGGGUGAAGCAGGAGCCGAGCAAGGUAAAAAAAGAGGCGGAGGAAUCGGCCCGCAGUCCCAACCAUCAGCGCUUCAAGCAAGGCUCCCCGGUGGAGCACCCCUCGCUGAGCCCUCGCGUGCGAUCUUUGCUAAGUCGCACGGGUAACGAGCAUCUCACGGAGCUGUUCACCCGCCAGGAGAUCGACAUCGAGGUGCUCAUCCAUAUGACUCUGGAGGAUCUGGCUGCGCUGGGCGUUCGCGGCGCCCGAGAGGUUAAGGUUGCCAUGCAAAUCAUUCAGCUGGCCAAGAAAUUCUUUUAAUAUGUAUGUGUCCUGUGAGUUUUUAAGCCUUUUUUAAUGUUCUAUGUCAUGUGUAUUUUAAUAUUUAUGUGCGUUUAUAAUAAAUGUUUAAUGAGAGA